AUGGUCACCCGCGCUGCGGAAGAUUCGCUUGGACUUCCAGUGGCCCUGCAGCUCACAGCGCUGCCUUGGAGGGAAGAGCUUUGUCUUCGCGUGAUGACAGAGCUGGAACGAGCUCUACCGCCACCAGGCGCUCACCACGCGCUUGCGCCGGAGCCGAGGAGGAGCCCAAGUCUCGGAGCCGCACCCGUGCCGCUGCAAGCAAGGCUUUGA